AUGGCUGCAGCUGCUACAAGUGAACCUAAGCCUGAAGCUAUGGAAGAAGAUACGAAAAAACCGAUAUGUUUAAUCGUUUUAGGUAUGGCGGGUGCUGGAAAAACAUCUUUUACUCGUCGGCUUGCUGGGAAAGUCGUGAAUAGUUCCAGGCCUUACCUGAUCAACUUAGAUCCAGCAUGUAGAGAAGUGCCUUAUCCUGCCAAUAUCGAUAUAAGAGACACGGUAAACUAUAAAGAGGUGAUGAAGCAGUAUGGGCUGGGUCCCAAUGGAGGCAUUGUGACUGCUCUCAAUCUGUUCUCUACAAAGUUUGGUCAAGUUGUGGACCUGAUUGAGAAAGCGGGCAAGAAACAUAAGUACUGCAUUAUUGAUACACCGGGUCAAAUAGAAGUGUUCACAUGGUCAGCGUCAGGCACAAUAGUGACUGAAGCACUCGCAUCAUCAUGUCCUACUGUAGUUGUGUAUGUAAUGGACACUGUCCGCAGCGUGUCGCCCGUUACGUUUAUGUCCAACAUGUUGUACGCCUGCUCUAUAUUGUACAAGACUAGAUUGCCUUUCAUUGUUGUAAUGAAUAAGACAGAUGUAGUAGACAAUUCAUACGCAGUGGAAUGGAUGCGAGACUUCGAGGCGUUUCAAGAGGCGUUAGAUGCGGAGGGCGAGAGUGAGACAGAAGGAGGAAACACUUACAUUGGCAACCUGACCAGGUCCAUGGCACUCGCACUUGAUACAUUCUACUCGGAUCUCAGGUGCUGUGGUGUUAGUGCGCAUACUGGUGAUGGGCUAGAUGAAUUCUUUAAACUAGUGGAUGAUGCUGCAGAGGAAUACGAAAGAGAUUACAAAGCUGACUGGCUCAAGAUGCGAGAAGAAAAAUUAGAAGAGGAGAAACGAAAGGCAGAGGAAUUAAAGAAAAAAGGUCCAGAUGACACAGUGAUAGACAAGAAGAGCUUAAUCGAGGAGUUGUCGGCAGGUCGUGAGAUCAGUGAUAUGUACCUCAAGCACCCAGCCAAUGAGAGUUCCAGCGAUGAAGAGGGCACCGAGAAUGAACCUGAGCUGAAUGAUAGUCCAGCAGACGUUGCGAUGUUCCAAGAUUUCAUUAGGAAACACGUAAAGCCUAAUAAUACCGGUAACGAAACAUAA